UUUGAAGAGGACAUUUUGGACAUCAGCUUGGAGCUCCUGGACAACAACCCCAAGUUCCUCCUUAAUCAAGACAAGGACUGUGCUCGACGCAACAGCCCCGUCUACGUCAGCAGGGUGGUGAGCGCCAUGGUCAACUGCAACGACGACAAAGGCAUCCUCUUUGGACGCUGGGACAACCGCUACGAUGACGGGGUCAGCCCCAUGACCUGGAGUGGCAGCGUGGACAUCCUUCGGAGGUGGCAGAAGUACGGAUGCCAACCGGUUCGGUACGGGCAAUGCUGGGUCUUUGCCGCGGUGGCCUGCACAGGUGAGAAUCUGUCACAGGUCAAGAUGCUGCCCAGGAAUUUUCACUGCUGGGUGGAAUGUUGGAUGGCCCGUCCAGACCUUCCGAGCGGCUACGACGGCUGGCAGGCCUUGGACCCAACGCCACAGGAAAAAAGUGAAGGAGUCUACUGCUGCGGGCCAACUCCGGUGAAAGCCGUCAGGGAAGGAGACCUUGACCUGAAGUACGACGUGAAGUUUGUCUUUGCCGAGGUCAACGCCGAGGUGGCCUUCCUGAUGCUCCAGAGCGACCUGUCCCGCAAGAAGACCAUGCACCCCACCAUCGUGGGCAAGAAGAUCAGCACCAAGAGUGUGGGGAGGGACACCAAAGAGGACAUCACACACACCUAUAAGCAUCGUGAAGACUCGGAGGAGGAGAGAGCCAGCUUCGACAAGGCGAAACACGAGAAGACCCAGACCCCGCAGGAGGAAGGCUUGGCCCUCAAGAUCAAGGCUUCCGAGGGGAUGAACAACGGGUGUGACUUCGAUGUCUUUGUGGUCGUCAACAACAACACGCCCGAGGAACGCCACUGCCGGCUGAGGAUUUCGGCCGCCACCACCAGCUACAACGGGGAGCUGGGCCCCGAGUGCGGGUGCAAGGACCUGCUGAACGUCAACCUGGAGCCCCACGGAGAAAAGACGGUCCCCCUGCGGAUCCCCUACGAGAAGUACGGCGGCUGCCUCACCCCGGACAACAUGAUCAAAGUCACGGCUGUGCUGCAGCAGUACGAGAACCAGAAGAUCCUCCUCGGGGUGCGGGACUUCCACGUCAAGAACCCCGACAUCAAAAUCCGGGUGAGGGAGACCCCCGUCGAGCCUGGGGAGGAAGCCAAAGUGAUGGUGGACUUCGUGCCCCAACAGUUCGGCCUGCGGAAGCUGGUGGUGGAUUUUGAAAGCGACAAGCUGAAGGGGGUGAAGGGCUACCGGAACGUCAUCAUCGCCCCCCAGCGCAAAUAGAGCCAGGAG